ACAUGACAUAUUGUAAAGAUAACACUCUUAUAUAUACCAUCAAACAAUAUUGAACAAAGAAGUGAUACGUGUGCUUUUAUAAAAGACGGUGUUACAGAUAUUAAAGAAAUUUUCUUUAUUUGCACACUAUAGGAAUCAACGAUUACAUUACGAAAAUACUGAUCUAGAGUCAGACCUAGGCACAAGAAAAUUUUUGUAUAAUUUUCUAUUAGUGAAUUGUCAACUGACAGCAUUAUGGCGGAUGCCACGCAUUUGUAUAAAUGUAUCCUAUUUUCAAAGAGGUAAUCAUACUUUGAAAGUACCUAUGUCACUUUUCCAAGAUAAUCGCAAACGAUUAGUUGCGUGCAUUAAAGGGAAAGUUGCAGGAAGUUAUAUUAUACUGCAAGGAGGAGUUGAAAUUCCGUUUAAUGAUACAGACAUAAACUGGCCAUUUAGACAGGAAUCUUUUUUUCAAUGGUGUUUUGGUGUUGAAGAACCAGAUUGUUAUGGUGCUAUUGAGACAGCAACAGGAACUUCAAUUUUGUUUGUACCAAGGUUGCCAGCAGAAUACGCAAUUUGGCAGGGAAAGUUACAUACUUUAGAAGAUUUUAAAAGUCGAUAUGCAGUUGAUGAAGUUUAUUACACUGAUGAGAUAGCCAAAAUUUUAAAAACAAAACAAGCCCAUCUUCUUCUUACCUUGAAUGGUCAAAACAGUGAUAGUGGUUUACAAACACAAGAGGCAACGUUUGAUGGUAUUAAUGAAUUCAAAGUGGACAAUAAAAUUUUAUAUCCAGAAAUAUGUGAAUGUCGAGUUAUAAAAUCUCCACAAGAAAUUAAGGUACUAGAGUAUGUGAUUAAGAUAAGUUCAGAUGCUCACAAAUCUGUCAUGCAUAUGAUAAAGCCAGGGCUAGCAGAAUUUCAAAUGGAAGCAGCUUUUAUGCAUUAUGUAUAUUCUAAUGGAGGCUGUAGACACGUGUCUUAUACUUGUAUAUGUGGGUCUGGACAUAAUGCAUCUAUAUUGCAUUAUGGACAUGCUGGUGCUCCUAAUAAUAAAAUAAUAAAAGAUGGUGAUAUGUGUCUCUUCGACAUGGGUGGAAAUUACUGUGGAUAUGCAGCUGAUAUUACAUGCAGUUUCCCAGCCAAUGGAAAGUUUACUGAUGAUCAGAAAAUGAUAUACAAUGCAGUGCUUGCUGCUCGUGAUGCUGUGAUGAAUACCGCAAAACCUAAUGUUGCUUGGACAGACAUGCAUCUUUUAGCAAAUAAAACAAUGUUAGUUUCGUUAAAAUCUGGUGGUUUGCUAGUGGGUGAUGUUGAUGAUAUGAUGAAAGCAGGAUUGAACGAAGUUUUUCAACCUCAUGGACUUGGACACCUAAUGGGCUUAGAUGUUCAUGAUGUCGGUGGAUAUCUCCCAGGUUAUCCAGAACGUUCUACCGCUCCGGGAUUAAGAAAAUUAAGAACUGGCCGUAUUUUGCAACCUGGUAUGGUUUUGACAAUUGAACCAGGUUGCUAUUUCAUUGAUUCCUUGCUAGAUGCGGCCUUAAAAAAUUCGAAUCAAUCAAAAUUUAUCGUUACUGAAGUAUUGAAAAGAUUUCGUGGUUGGGGUGGUGUUAGGAUUGAAGAUGAUGUGCUUAUAACUGAAACUGGAGUAAGAAAUUUGACAGAUGUUCCACGCACAGUCGAGGAAAUAGAGAAAUGGAUGGCUGCUCGAAAAAAUUAAGGUUGAUUUUACAAGGAUAAAUUUAAAAAUGGCAAAGAAACGAAAUUCAAGCAGACCAAUGAUAUAGAUAUAUUAUUCUCUCGUUAUAUAACAGUUGUGAUAUGAUGCGAAUCGUUACAAAAUAUUUUUACACUGGCUUCUUAUAUAAAGUAUAUAUAUAAUGCAGUAACAAGUAUUAUAAAGGCUUAAAAGCAAUCCUUUAUGAAUUGUAUAUAAAGAGAAAUACGUAAAUAAAAACAAAGAUACUUUUUA